AUGACGGACAUGAAGUAUAUAUUGGUUACCGGUGGUGUAAUUAGUGGUGUUGGGAAAGGUGUGAUUGCAAGCUCAUUUGGCACAAUUUUAAAAAGCUGCGGGAUUGAUGUGACUUCUAUAAAAAUCGAUCCGUAUAUAAAUAUUGACGCAGGCACUUUCUCUCCUUAUGAGCACGGUGAAGUUUACGUGCUCGAUGACGGUGGUGAAGUCGACCUUGAUCUUGGCAACUAUGAACGCUUCUUAGAUAUAACCCUGCAUAGAGACAACAAUAUAACUACUGGCAAGAUAUAUCAAAUGGUUAUAGAGCGCGAGAGACGUGGAGAUUAUUUAGGAAAAACUGUUCAAGUAAUACCACACAUAACUGAUGCCAUACAAGAAUGGGUGCAAAGAGUGGCCCAAAUAUCUGUGACACCGGACAAUGCCCCACCAAGGGUGUGUAUCAUAGAACUCGGUGGUACUAUUGGUGAUAUUGAAAGUAUGUCAUUUGUGGAAGCAUUCAGACAGUUCCAGUUUAGAGUGAAAAAAGAGAACUUUUGCUGUGCCCAUGUGUCUUUAGUCCCAGUGCCUAAAUCUACUGGUGAACCAAAAACUAAACCUACACAAUCUUCAGUUAGAGAACUUCGAGGGUUGGGACUAUCUCCUGAUUUGAUAUUGUGCCGAUCUGAGAAACCUAUCAACCAUACAGUUAAAGAAAAAAUAUCAAACUUCUGUCAUGUUGGACCAGAGCAGGUUAUAUGCAUUCACGAUUUGACUUCCGUGUAUCACGUACCACUGCUAAUGGAGGAGCAAGGUGUCGUCCAAUAUUUAAAUGAAAGGCUGCAACUUAAUAUUUCCAUGCAACGAGGAAAAAUUAUGCGGAAAUGGCACAACCUUGCCAAACGGGUCGACAAUCUACGUAAGGAAGUAAACAUAGCUCUAGUUGGAAAAUAUACAAAGUUAGAAGACAGCUAUGCCAGCGUCACUAAAGCUCUCCAACAUGCUUGCAUUGCAACAUAUUCCCGACUUAAUCUGACUUAUAUUGAAGCAGUUAAUUUGGAGCGACAAACUAAGAUAGAUGAUCCAGUUAGUUAUCACAAGGCCUGGCAGGAUUUAUGCAAAAGCGAUGGUGUUAUAGUCCCAGGGGGAUUCGGACAGAGAGGUAUGGAAGGUAAAAUAGAAGCUUGCCAAUGGUGUCGUGAAACACAAAAGCCUAUGCUGGGUAUCUGCCUUGGCCUCCAAGCGGCAGUCAUAGAAUUUGCUAGAAAUGUCUUAUCGCUUAAAGGCGCCAACAGCACAGAGGUGGACCCAAACUGUGAUGACAAACUUGUCAUAGAUAUGCCUGAACAUCAUCCAGGGAACCUUGGCGGAACAAUGCGAUUAGGAAAGAGGAAGACGUAUUUGGAAUCCAGUUUAAUAACACAACUUUACAAGAAAGACGUUAUAGAAGAACGUCACAGACAUCGUUAUGAAGUAAACCCCGAUUAUAUACAGCGUUUGGAAAAAGCUGGUCUUCGCUUCGUGGGUAAAGACGAGACCAAGACCAGAAUGGAAGUAGCUGUGGUGGACAAUCAUCCCUACUACGUGACUGUGCAAUUCCAUCCGGAAUAUUUGUCUCGGCCAUUAUCUCCAAGCCCACCUUUCUUGGGACUGAUUUUGGCUUCAAUUGGAAAACUGAAAAGCUACAUGUCAAAAGGCUGUCGUUUUAGUCCAAGAAACCAAUCUGAUGUUAGUUCAGAUGAGGAAGAAGAUGAAACAAGUAGUAAAUCUUCGCUGAGCUUGGAAGAUGAGAAGACAGUUAUUGAAAACGGCAUAUCUACCAAGCCAAAAUUAAAUGGUGUCAAAAAGUAA